AUGGACGACGACGACAUGGAUGCUUCGCCCGAUGGGGGGGUGUCUAAGCGUGCGUGCGACAGCUGCCGCACCCGCAAGAUACGUUGCGACCGCAAUGUGCCCUGCUCCAACUGCAGGGCCAGCAGGCUGACCUGCAAGACAACCGCGCCCCAACAGAAGGCCCAGCGGCAAAGAGUGCACAUCUCGGAAGAAUACGAGAAGAAGAUAGACCGGAUUGAAGACCGGCUGGCGGGAAUCGAGAAUGUCCUCGCCAAUCUGUCAUCGAAGCUCGGCAGCCUCGAUCUUCACAAAGACAGCCAUGACACAAGCAGCCAGUCGCGGUCCAGCCGCGUGGGCCUGUCUCGAAGCCCGGGAAGUGCCUUGCAAGAAGCUCAUACGCCGGCACCAUUCGAGGGCGAGAGCUCGAUUAACAUUCAGUCCGUCUACGCUCGCGAGAUGCUGGCACAGGUAAUCGACAACACCCCUUCCAUCGGCCAGAAUGAAGAAGUCAAAAUGGCCCUCACUGCUCUGUCGGAAAUCGUAUCGCAGCAAGGCCAGGCCGGAGCUCCAGGCAACCGCUUCUACAAUCGCUCCCUUGCCGAGAUAGACUCUACACAGCUGGAGAAGCCUCCUUGGACCGCGGUUUCAAACGCGCUGGAAACGGCUAUGAAAUACCCAACCAUGGCAUUUGCUGUCGUGUUCCCCUUUCUCAGGAUGCCAAACCUGAGAGACAUCUUCUACGAUGCAUAUCACAACCCUGACACAUGUGGUACGCCUCGACGCAUGCUCACCUAUGGUAUCCUGGAGAACAUUUACACCGAAUUCCUCGCUUUUCGUCCACCAGACAUGGAUGUCAGCGAGUACGCCACGUAUGCGGCCAUGUGUAAGCGCCAAUCAGAGGUGGCCCUGAGCCAGCUCGACCUUUUUAUGCCAGCAAGCUACGAAAAUAUCAUGGCUUUGGUGCUUGGGGCAGCACAGGCAACUCACAUGUGUAAGCCUUCUCUUUGCUGGGUCUUGACAUCGUGUGCGGCAGGCAUGUGCAUAAAUCUAGGCUAUCAUCGUAUCAACACCAUGAUCCACGACCCCCCUGCAGACAAGGAGUCAAAGAUUUAUAUUUUCUGGAUGAUCUACAUGUUCGACAAGACACUGUCGCUUCGGCUGGGGCGGUCAAGUGUCCUUCAAGACUGGGAUAUAUCGCUGCCUUUUAUUCUCGAGAUCACUCCGAGCGACGCCCUCUCGCAUCAAAGUCGUAUGCUGUCCUACUGGGUCAAGGUUGCUAGGAUACAGGGCUUGACUUACGAAAAGCUCUUCUGCCCUGCUGCUUUUCUCAAGUCCACCGAGGAACGCACGGCAAUCGCAAUAGACCUUGUCAAUGCCAUGAAUCAAGCCUGGUACGAACGAGCCGAUGCAUCGGCUGCCUCUUCAAAUUUAGGCAAAAAUUCCACUGCCACACAAAGGCCGACUGCCAUAGGCCGCGAUCCGAACGAGACGCCGCUGCCGUCUCAGUACAAGCGAUAUGUACAGCAGCGGCUAAAGAAAGACAGCAAUCCCGACGCAUAUAUUCAAGACGCCUGGGAGCGUGUCGAAGACAUCUUCUUUCAUUCAGACGUCGUCACGCACUACUCGACAUGUGCGCUCAUACAACGCUCGGUAAGCCCUGGCAACAUGGCCUUUAACAAAGAGUGUCUUGAGUCAUCACGAGAAGCCCUCAAGGCUAACAAGAGGGCUGCUGCACAAUUCAACAAAAAAGGUGAAGAGGAGCUGUGGUCGGGAUAUCUACAUUGGUCCAUUCUUCAAGCACCAUUCACACCGUUCAUCGUUAUAUUUUGCCAUGCCAUUCAAAAGGCAGCCACUUCUGAUGUCAGCGCUGACCUCAACUCUCUUUCCGAAUUUGUCACUAGUCUCGAAUCUUGUCGUACCAUCUCUGAGGGCUUGGAUAAGCUCUAUAGGAUGUGUCAUCUAUUCCUACGCGUGGCGAGGUUUUACGUGUUGGCCAAGAGACAGGAUGCUGCCUUACGAUCGCAACGCGUCACACAGAGCAGUCAACCAGAUUAUUACACCGCUGCAGACGGCAGCCGAAUCGAUCUCAACGCCAUGGCGCAGUUUGAUCCGUACCUCAAUGCCCUAGGCCUACUUCCAGAUCCAACAUGGCCAAUCGCCGACUACGAUCUCAAUUCGGCAGGCCCAGGUGGCAUGCAGGGAUUUGCGCAAGACCAAACCAUGAGCAACGAUGCACAUUUAGGCCAUUUGGGACAAAUGGGCCUUGGUUUUGGCCCACCGGGCGGAACCCAAAACGCAAUGCAGGACUGGUUCUCUAGUUCGCGGUACCUGAUGAACCUCAUGGAACCAGGCGACGACAUGCAGAUGCCAGAUUUGGACCUGUAA